AUGAUAAUAAAUAACCUUAAUAAAUUAAAUAAAUUUAAUAGUUUUCAAAGAUAUUAUAGUUUGCAAACAUCAGUAAAACUAAAUGAUACUAGUAAUUCUAAUAAUAGCAAUGGCAAUAAAAACAAUAUAAAAUAUAUAGUUAAAAAUAAUAAUGAUUAUUUAAAAAGUAAUAAAACAGGUGACCUUUGGGAACUUAUAGUUGGUAUUGAAGUGCAUGCUCAAACUAAAACAAAAGAGAAAUUAUUUUCAAACAGUUUGAACAUUGGUAGUAUGGAAGGAUUCAAAGCAAACUCACGUGUUAGUUAUGUCGAUGCAGCAUUUCCUGGAUCAUUACCAGUGUUAAAUGAAAAGUGUGUAGAGCAAGCAAUUAAAACAGGUUUAGCAAUAGGUGGUAAAAUAAACAAGUACAGUUAUUUCGAUAGAAAACAUUACUUUUAUCAAGAUUUACCACAAGGUUAUCAAAUUACUCAACUAAAUGCACCAAUAGUGCAAGGGGGCCAAUUGAUAUUGGAUUUAAAAGAUAACAGAAAACAUAAAAUUAAUAUUUCACAUAUACAAUUAGAACAAGAUUCUGGCAAAUCAAUUCACGACUUACAUCCAACCAAAUCACUUGUAGAUCUUAAUAGAGCAGGCAUUGGUUUAAUGGAAAUCGUUUCUCAACCAGAUUUCACAUCCUCUGAACAAGUAGGACUUUAUAUUACUCAACUUCAACAUCUUUUAAAACACAUUGGCUCUAGUGAUGCAAACAUGCAAUUUGGCGAACUUCGUUGCGAUGUUAAUAUAUCUGUUCACAAACCAGACACACCAUUAGGCACCCGUGUUGAAAUCAAAAAUAUGAUCUCUGCCAAAGCCAUAGUAUCAAGUAUUGACGCCGAAGCUGCUCGUCAAAUCGAAAUUUUGGAAAAUGGUGAUAUAAUUAAAAGAGAAACUCGUGGCUUUAACCAAGAUAGCGGUGAAACUUUCCAUCUUCGUACCAAAGAAGAUGAAGUAGACUAUAGAUUUUUCCCAGAUCCAGAUUUACCACCUCUUAUAACCUCUGAGGAAACAAUUGAACGUCUCAAGAAUCAAAUUGGUGAAUUACCACAAGAAAUGAGAGAUCGUUUAAUCAAACAAUACGAUAUCUCCCUAUACGACGCAAAUAUCUUGGUAAAUGACCACAAAGCAGCCAAAUUCUUUGAACAAUGCAUUAGCUUUGGUGGAACUAAAAGAGAUCCAAAGAAACUUUUAACCUGGAUUCUUCGUGAUAUCUAUAAAUGGUCCAAUUCAAAUAAUGUAACAGAUUUCUCAACCAUCAACAUCAAUGUUGAAACAUUAACUCAAAUCUAUGAUUUGGUCGAAAGUGGUUAUGUUUCAAUGAACCCUGCUAAAGAAAUUCUCGAAAUGAUCUUAAACGGUGAUAAAAGAUCUCCAAAAGAAAUUGUAGAUCAUUUAGGUGUAUCUCAAAUCUCUGAUCAUCAAUUGUUGGAAGAACUUUGUCGUAAACUAGUUGAUGCCCAUCCAAACGAAGUCAAAGAUUAUCAUGAAGGUAAAAUUAGACUUUUCAAAUUCUUUGUUGGUCAAAUUAUGAAGGAAACCAAAGGUAGAUCAAAUCCCGAAAUUGUAAAUAAUUAUAUAAAGAAAUAUUUGGAUUUAAAAAAAGAUAAUUAA